CUCCUUUUUUAUCAGUAUCCUCUUGUGUUUGUUUCCGAACAUACGCAUAUGCAUACGCUGGCCGUCGCUGCUGCAAUUAGUUUAUUCUUUUUGAGUUAGGGUUUACAUCUAAUCGAAUUCAUGGAAGAAGAAAUUGUUGCAGAUAUCAGUUGGGAUGAUGAGUUGAGGUGUCCAAAUAUAGCGGAUAAAGAUGUUAGUGAUGAAGAAAUUGAAGCGGAAGAUUUGGAGAGACGGAUGUGGAAAGACCGGAUUAAGCUCGAUAGGAUCAAGCAGAGACACAAAUUUGCGGCCCAGCAGGCUGUGGACCACCGAAAGGAUAAGCAGAUCACUGAUCAGGCUCGACGUAAGAAAAUGGCGAGAGCGCAAGAUGGGAUUUUGAAGUAUAUGUUGAAGCUUAUGGAGGUUUGCAAAGCGAGAGGGUUUGUUUACGGGAUUGUUCCAGAGAAGGGUAAGGCUGUCAGCGGAGCUUCGGAUAAUAUUAGAGCUUGGUGGAAGGAGAAGGUCAAGUUUGACAAGAAUGGACCUGCGGCUAUAGUUAAGUAUGAGGCCGAGUGUUUUGCAAAAGCUGAGGGUGUAGGUUCUGAAAAUGGAAAUACGAAAACUGUUUUACAGGAUUUGCAAGAUGCCACUUUGGGGUCGCUUCUAUCGUCUUUGAUGCAGCAUUGUGAUCCGCCUCAGAGGAAGUAUCCACUAGAGAAGGGCAUACCGCCACCAUGGUGGCCAUCUGGAAAUGAAGAUUGGUGGCUGCGGUUAGGGUUGACAAAGGGUCAGAGACCCCCUUAUAAGAAGCCACAUGAUUUGAAAAAGAUGUGGAAAGUAGCGGUGCUCACCUCUGUCAUAAAGCAUAUCUCACCUAAUUUUGCAAAGAUCAGGAGACUCAUCAGACAGUCAAAAUGUUUGCAGGAUAAGAUGACUGCUAAGGAGAGCUCGAUUUGGUUGGGGGUGUUGAGUAGAGAAGAAUCCCUUAUCCUCCAGCUUAGUAGUGAGUAUGGGGGAUCUGCAACCAGUGAGACACCUUCAGGUGGUCGUGGUCAGAAGAAUAGACCUUCCAACAGUAGUGACAGCGACUAUGAUGUUGAGGGUGUUGAAGAUUGUUUAGGGUCCGUUUCAUCCAAGGAUGGAAGCAGAAAGCAGCUGAUGAUUGUGGAAACAUCUCUUCCUUGUCAUAUUAUUUCCCCGCCACUCCAGGGAAAAGAGCAAGCAGAUGAGCAACCUAAGAAAAAAAGACGACGUUUAAAACCAAAUGUUUCAGUACAACAACCUGUGCUACCAGUAACUGAGCCUGAUGAUGAGCAUCAAAGCCCUUUACCCGACAUGAAUCAGUCUGAUGCACAGUUGGCUUCCCAAAAUAUGCAUGCAAGUCAUCAAAAGAGUAAUAUGGUUGCAGAAUUGAUUCUUCCUAACAAGGAUACUUGUCGAGAGUUCAGGUUGCCAGUGCUAGAGUUGAACAAUAAUCACUUUGUUCAUACUUCUGCUAAUGUAACAACAUUAAACACAUUUUCAAGUGACAGGUCUGUUCCGGAUCCAGUUAUGCAACGGCAGAAGCUUAAUAAUCAACGAUUCACUCGAGGACCUCAAGAAUCCGUAUUGCAUGUAGUACGUCAGGAAUCUGUUUUACCUAAUGUGCCUCAGAGUUAUAAUUUGCAUUAUGGCUCUCCUCAUUCUUCUUUGCAUCCUGAGGCUGAAAAUAAUGUGUUCCUUCAAGGUCGACCAUAUGAUUUUCUAAAUGCACAAGUCACUCUUCCUGCUAGGAAUGCUGAACAGCAGUCCCGUAUGCUAUAUAAUGAAUUUCAUACUAGGCCAAAUAGUUCUGGAGUCAAUAUGCCAGUAUCACAGGAAAGUAGAGGUGCAUUACCUGGACAUGAUUUUAGCAAUUAUAUAAAUAAUACAUUUGACAAUGAGCAAGGUCGAUCUGUUCAGAGUGAUUAUGGAUCUCCCCCGUUGUCGUUAGAUUUUACAGAAUUCGACAGUACAUAUAAUCUUGGAAUUGGAGACACGGAUCCUUUAGAUGACCCAGAUUUUGACUUUUUACUGGAUGAUGAAAUUAUGCACUGCUUUGGGGCCUAAUUGCUGCUGCAUCUGCCUAUAUGAACCAACAAUGGUGUUUUCUGGCUGUUGCAUCUCCAUCAAUUUUUCUAUUGAUUUUCAAGCUCUGUGCGGAAUACUAGAGAUUUUAUAUCUGUUUGAAGCCUUCUAGGUAAAUAUGCUUGUGAAUGAUAAUUACUGGCUUAUUGCUGUCCACUGUAAUUACCUUGUCCAAAUUGACUCAGUUCUAGUUUAUACAGUUUGAUUUUCCUGUAUGUACUGUUAAAUCAUGCUAUAUGUGUGAGCUCCAAAAGAAAUAAUAAUAUUACUAUCUCCAGAUA